AUAAAUAUAUCACAAAAAUUAAUUUAAUAAAACAUUUCUAAUUGUAUUCACAGGUUAUGUUAAUUGCAAAGUCUUAUUACGGACGAGAAGCACAUCAGGGAAUACAAAGGCUUUCUGAAGGCAAAUAUCGAAUCGCGAAUCGGAUUGUAUUCGUAAGAUUACUCAAAGCCCGUCAUGUGAUGGUUAGGGUGGGAGGCGGGUGGACUACUCUCAGCCAUUUCCUCGAACGCCACGGCGGAGAUCCGAACCAAGAGAUAUCAGCGGCCGAUCUCUUACCUCUGGACACCCGAGCUAUUCGUGUGAGUCCUCGUCGUCGUAGUUAUGCACCACUAGUCAGCACAACAGCACAAACCACUCCAACCCCUAACGCACCAACUUUUGGUCGUUACGUUAGCUCAACGCCCCUCGUCAUCUGUCGGCUGCAACGGAAGUCCGCCCUCAAUGAUCACAACUACCCGUCGACGUCGGCGUUCAUCAACCGAGACCUCCUGUCGUCGACCAGUACUGACACACCGGGCGUCGAUUGGAGGGGCGAUCGGUAUUCACCAAAUGGAUGGCUCCCUUCCCGGCACUCCAUUACCAAACACACGGCCAACAUCUGA